GUCCGUUUCCAGUUUCCAGUUGGCCGCAAAUGGGCCAAACCGGGAUCAUGUGAUGCAAUCACGAUGAGCCCCUCCAGAUAACGUGACUGAUAAGCGGAGACCCCGCUAAAGUUCUGGCCCGCCGCAAACGCAAACGCAAAAUUUCCCGGAGGAACGCACACAGCCAGCGCCCUCUUCUCCUUCUCUCUCGCUCUGUAUCCCUCAUUCUCGUGUGGAAUCUGCUCAAUUGCUCUCUGGCAGGAUGUCGGCAAACAAUGAUGUCUAUCAGACCCCCCUCAACUCGCGUUAUGCGAGUGACGAGAUGAAAUACCUUUUCUCGCCGAGAAAUCGGUUUUCCACCUGGAGACAAUUGUGGCUGUGGCUUGCCGAGUCGCAGAAAGAACUCGGUCUGCCCAUUACCAACGAUGCCAUUGAGCAGAUGAAGGCCCACCUCACCAUUCAGGAUGACGAGUUUAAGGUUGCCGCCGAGGAGGAGAAGCGCCGGAGACACGACGUCAUGGCCCACGUUCAUGCGUUCGGCCAGGUUGCCCCUGCUGCCGCCGGCAUCAUCCACUGGGGUGCCACUUCGUGCUACUGCACCGACAAUGCCGAUCUGAUCUUCCUCCGCGACGGUCUCGACAUCCUCAUCCCCAAGCUCGCCGUCGUUGUCGAUAAGCUUGCCGCGUUCGCCACGCAGUACAAGGAUUUGCCCUGCCUUGGUUUCACCCACGGCCAGCCCGCUCAGCUCGUCACCGUUGGAAAGCGAGCAUGCCUGUGGCUUCAGGACCUGUUGAUGGACCUGAGAAACCUUGAGCGGGCCCGCGACGACCUGCGUUUCCGUGGUGUCAAGGGUACCACGGGUACUCAGGCCUCUUUCCUCCAGAUCUUCGACGGUAACCACGACAAGGUUGAACAGCUGGAUGAGCUUGUCACCGAGAAGGCUGGAUUCAGCUCCGCCUUCAUUAUCUCCAGUCAGACCUACUCCCGCAAGAUCGAUGUUGACGUGUCCAACGCCCUUGGAUCGUUCGGCUCCACUUGCGAGCGCAUCGGUAUCGACAUUCGUCACCUGGCCAUGCUCAAGGAGGUUGAGGAGCCUUUCGAGAAGGACCAGAUUGGCAGCAGCGCCAUGGCUUACAAGCGUAACCCCAUGCGCUCUGAGCGUCUAUGCUCUCUCGGACGACACCUCCAGAACCUUCCCAAGGAUGCUCUGGACACCUACUCGGCCCAAUGGUUCGAGCGCUCCCUGGAUGACAGCGCCAUCCGUCGUAUCAGCAUUCCGGAACUCUACCUUUCCGCUGAUGCCUGUCUCAUUCUUCUCAACAACGUCACCUCCGGAUUCGUCGUCUACCCCGAGGUCAUCCGCCGCCGUGUCAACGACGAGCUCCCCUUCAUGGCAACUGAGAACGUGAUCAUGGCCUGUGUGAAGAAGGGUCUUUCCCGCCAAGACGCCCACGAGGAAAUCCGUGUCCUCUCCCACCAAGCCGCCGACAACGUCAAGAAGCACGGCAAGGACAACGACCUCCUGGACCGCAUCCGCCGCACCGCCUUCUUCGCCCCUAUCCUGGACGAGCUCGACAGCCUCCUGGACCCCAGCACCUUCGUCGGCCGCGCUCCCCAACAGGUGGAGAAGUUCACCUCCACCGAGAUUAAGAAGGCGCUGCAGCCGUACGAGGCGCACCUGGCCAAGGCCGAGACCGCCGCGCUCUACGUCUAGAAUUUCCGUUCGUCGCGCGGGGUAGGGGUGGUGUUGAACACUCUAUUCGGAAACAAAGGGAGACAGUAGAAAGGAAAGAAAGAAAGAACAGCAAAUAGACCGACUCUCUUUGUCCAGCCCCAGAUAUCCUAGAGCGAAGCCUCGCCCCAACCCAGUAUAGUUAGUUAGUUAGUUUAACUAGGUAGCUACCCUAUGUAUGUAUAUAGUAAUAUUUUGAUGAU